AUGUUUGAAUCGUUGAGAAAUCUCUGCGCUGGUCGCAUGGUCGCGGACUCCACUACCUCUGAAAUGGAUAGACGAGAUGUGACCAAAACGAUGAUUUGCCGAGCCUGUCUGGUGCUUUUGGGACCGCAGGAUGCCUCCUAUCACCUGGACAGCGAACAGGACUUGGCCAGAAAGUAUUUCAGCUGCACAGGAGGCGAUCCGGGGAAGGUGUUCCGUUUGCAGGAUGAGGAAUUGCCACCCCAGUUGGUCCUGAAAAGCAUCUGCGAAUGCUGCUACCAACUGGUGCAAAAGUUCCACGACUUUCAACGCAUGUGCGAAGAGUCCUCGCGCAAUUUUGAGAAGCUGCUCCUGGACAUUGACUUUGAGUGCCUCAAACAGCAGGAUGGUGCCAUCCGUAUACCCCACUUGGAUACCCCCUCGGAAAGUAACGGAUCCAGUAAUCAGGAAGCCCAAAUGGACGCACCCUGCAUCGAGUCAACGGAAGAGAUUGUGAGUUUUAUCUGGGCACAAGGGUGCCUUUCUAUUCCCUAAUCUAAUCUAUAAUCGCUUUCGGUGCUUGAGGAGGAAGUGUACAUAAUUGAGGACGAGGCGGCCAAGCAGGAUCUUGGAAAGGAGAAGUUGCCCAUUCCAUCCAUUAGAAAGUUGUUAGGGGAAAGAAGAAAAAGAGGAGUUAGACUCACCCUCGAGUGCAGCAUAUGUCGUCGUGGCUUCUACAAAUCAUCUCUACUGGAGGCCCAUAUGAAGCAGCAUGAGGGACUAAAACCGUAUACCUGCGUCCAUUGUGCGAAGAGUUAUGCGAGGGCCAAUCUGCUAGACUCGCACCUGCGGGAGAUGCAUCAUAAUGCCUCCGCGAGGGUAAUCUAUCCCUGCCCAAGCUGCAGUAAAGUGUACACAGCGGAGCGGAGUCUCAAAUAUCACAUAAAAAGGGCGCACAAAAGGACUCAUACGCUAGAAGCCCCCGAUUCCUUGCACAUUUGUGAGGAGUGCGGAAAAUCCUUCGUACGCAGGGCCCUUCUUACUCGCCACAAAAGGAUCCAUGGAAAGGAUCGGAAGUACUCCUGCGAAUUCUGUGACCAGAGAUUCUACACCAAGGAGAACAUGGUGGAUCAUCUGCAGCGGAAGCAUGGCAACAAGAACUUAAUAAGAUGCCGAAAGUGCGGUCGCAUUUUCAGGAGCUCACUAGCCCUCUCCAAUCAUCUGAAAAAACACGAUCAGUCCACCGAGAUUAUGUAGUUCAAUAAUUUGUUUUAUUUGUGGUUUCAAUAACAUCAAGCUAACUCAACUGUUACAAUGAUUCGAAUUUCGUGGAAUUUGUUACACCAGUAAUUUGGGAUUAUGCCGCAUGAAUUAAGAGAUAUUAAGACGAGUUCGGUUGAAUCGGUUAGGCUGCCCUAAAAUUAGCUAACAUUCACAUAAUGGCCGGCGCAGCACAGUCGCUUAAAAA